AUGGGUACCGAGUUUAAGGACCUGAAACACUCCGAUUUUGUUGCGUUGAUGGCACGCAGCGAUCGCGAAGAAAUAAUUGCGGAAGAGCAUCGGCAAAUACUGAAAAAAGAAAUUGAAGGAUCUUUUGAAGCCAGCGAAAGUAACCCAGGUUUGAACCGAUUUCCUCACAGUGUUUGCUUCGAUCACUCUCGAGUGAUCCUGCCUACAGAGAGAAAGCGGGGUAACUACAUAAACGCAAACUAUGUAGAUGGCUUCGAAUCUCCAAAAAGAUACGUCCUUGCGGAAGCCCCUAAACAGCAGACGUGUUACGAUUGGUAUAGAUUAUUAUGGAUGGAGCAGGUCCAGAUAGUUGUCAUGCUCUGCAAAAAAAGAGAAGACGGAAAGAAUAAAUGUUAUCCUUACUGGAGUGAGGUGGAGCAGCAAUCAGUCAAGUUCCAAAAAUUCGAAGUAACUACGACCAAAGUUGAGCGGUUCUCCACCUACUUGAAAACUACGCUGCAUAUCACAGACGGAACAGAAGCCACCCAGAAAGUGACGCACUUCAAUUUUAUUGCUUGGCCAGAUCACGGUGUGCCCUCAGAUACAGCAGAGUUUUUACGUUUCGUGUUGGAAGUGAGACGAUCUCAAGAAGAGCUUUACGUGGAGUCGCUAAUUGAUGGACAUCGUCAUUCCCAGGCACCUCCAAUGGUCAUCCACUGCAACGCGGGACUGGGAAGAACCCCUUGCUUCUGUGUGGUGGACAUAAGCAUUGCUAAAUUUGAAGUCGAACAAAAAGUUUCCAUAGGAUCAAUAGUUUAUUACAUACGUAAGCAAAGACACCAUAGUUUAUUUAACGUUUCUCAAUAUCUGUUUUGUUACGAAGCCCUUAAAUUGUACGUUGAUUCAGUAGAAGUGAAAAAAUCCCCUAGAACAUCUCCUAUUCAAAAGGCCGUUUCGUUUUUUAGACAAUUGAGUAAUUUAGUCAGCCGUUCGCUGCAUGGGUCCCUGGGCCGCGAUGAAUUUCUUCUCUUCCUCGAAGCCGUCAACGAAAUUUGCGUGAAUGUGUCUCAUAUUCUCAACUACGAGGACUUUAUAAAACUUGCCGAUGAAAGUGACUUUGAAAAAACCAUCAAACAAGAGCACGACCAAAUUCUCAGCUCGCCAGUAAAUGGGGCCUUCACAGAAGCUCGAAGGUUAAACAACUUGACUCUGAACAGAUAUAUAAAUCCAACCUGUUUUGACCAUUCAAGAGUGAUCCUGCCAGUGGAAAAAAAGCGGGGAAAUUAUAUCAACGCUAACUAUGUGGACGGCUAUGACCAGGCGAAGAAAUUUAUCUGCAUGGAGGCUCCAAUGCAUCACACCAUGUAUGAUCUGUGGCGCACCGUCUGGAUGCACCACUCCCGGACAAUCGUCAUGCUUUGCGAAAGGACAAUCUUUAACCAAGAAAAGGACAAUGCGUACUGGCCUCACUUGGAGGGAUUCCUAAAAAUUGAAAAGUUUACAGUACAAACAAAAAACAUUGAAGUUCGGCCCAAUUACGUCAAAACAACCCUAGAAGUGACUGACGGGACCGAGGCAAAGCAAGAAGUAUCGCACUUUAUGUUCACAACGUGGCCUAACUCGGAUUUGCCGGCUAGCGCGCAGGACUUUUUGGACUUCAUUCUGACUGUAAGACGUCAUCACGAAGAAAUCAAGGCGAAAUUAACCCUGGAUAACGUAAAGUUCUCUGACCCUCCAAUAGUGGUGCAUUCUGAAAGAGGUAAUGGUAGGACAGGUGCUUUCUGUGCUCUGGACAUUGAGAUAUCCCGGUUUAACAAAACGGGGAUCAUUUCUUUAGCAUCCACAGUGUCCCAAAUUAGGAAUCAAAGGUACGGUGCGGUUUCUAAUUUUACUUAUUACCUUUUCUGUUAUCGCGUUAUGGCAUACUAUGUUAAGGUGUUUGGGCAACCAGUGGAUAAAUUACAGAAACUAACUGUUAUAUUUUCUAUGCCUUUAUUCAAAAAAUGGGCUUGUUCAAAUUUUUUCAGUACGUACAGUAGUCCCUAG